UUGCUUGAUGCUUGCUUGAGGCUUGAUGAUGAUGAUGACGAUGAUGAUGAUGAGCAACCGUGUCCCCCAGUCCCCCAGUCCACGAUGCCGCGGUCUGCGGUCUGCGGUCUGCGGUCUUUUUUUGGCUUUUAUGGAGACGCGGCACUUUGGCCUCGCGAAUUAUGCGAUGGAUGGGGAGCACACUGCCGAGGCGUCACUGGACGCUUUUGCGCGCGCGCAGCCAAAGCACAACACACGCGCCACUGUCCUGCUGCCAGCGAGGCCGACGAGAGCGCCACCCCGCCCAGCAGAUCGGCCAGCGGCCCUGUCUUGCUGAGAUGCGAAGCCUGUCGAGUCCGCAGACGGACCUGGAUUAGUAGCAGGAGCUGGAAAACGAUGAUGGUCACUCUGCCCUCCGCAACCCACGCCUUUCCCGACAAACGCCGCUGCCAGCCUGAGCGCACACUUCCCCCAAAGCAAGGACUCGAAAGGAGAAUCUAGCCUCAGAAUCAGAUGCCCUUAUUAGGUGGGCGAGAGUUCACUGAGAAGUAGCAUGAGUGUCAAGAG